CGCGGGAGGGCGGGGAAGGCUCAGGGAACCAAGCAGCGCUGCCGCCGCCGCCGCUGCUGCCCGAGUUGGAGGAGGGAGAAGCCAGGAAGAAAAUGGCGGCCGUAGCUGCAGAGGCGGCAGCGACUGCAGCGUCCCCCGGGGAGGGGGGCGCCGGCGAGGCCGAGCCGGAGAUGGAACCCAUCCCCGGCAGCGAGGCCGGCACUGACCCCCUCCCGGUCACGGCCACGGAAGCGUCUGUGCCGGAUGGCGAGGCCGACGGGCAGAAGUCUGCUCCUCAGGCCGACGAGCCGCCGCUCCCGCCACCACCGCCGCCGCCGGGGGAGCUCGCCCACAGCCCAGAGGCGGCGGGGCCAGAGCUGGAGGCUGAGGAGAAGCUGCCCGUUCGGGUGGCGGAGCCGGCGGCAGCCGCGCCUCAGGAAGGGCCCGAACUUCCACCUUCUGCACCGCCGCCGGAGCAGCCCCUGGCUCCGGAGGAGCGCGAGGAGACGCCGCUGCCUCAGCCCGCAGCCCCGGCGCUCGUGCCGCCGGCGGGCGGGGACUCGGCGGUGUCGCAAUUGAUUCCGGGCUCCGAGGUGCGGGUCACGCUGGACCACAUCAUUGAGGACGCGCUCGUCGUGUCGUUCCGCCUCGGGGAGAAGCUCUUCUCCGGGGUCCUCAUGGACCUGUCCAAAAGGUUUGGGCCCCAUGGUAUCCCUGUGACAGUAUUUCCCAAAAGGGAAUAUAAGGAUAAACCGGAAGCCAUGCAGCUCCAAAGUAAUACAUUCCAAGAAGGGAGAGAAGUCAAGUGUGAAGUAAAUGGUGCUGUUCCUGAUGACCCUUCUCCUGUCCCGCCUCCUGAGCUGAGCUUGGCUGAAAGCCUGUGGACUUCCAAACCACCACCUCUCUUCCAUGAAGGAGCACCUUAUCCUCCCCCUUUGUUUAUCAGGGACACAUAUAACCAAUCAAUACCUCAGCCUCCUCCUCGGAAAAUUAAGCGACCCAAACGAAAAAUGUACAGGGAAGAACCCACUUCAAUAAUGAAUGCUAUUAAACUACGACCCAGGCAAGUCCUAUGUGAUAAAUGUAAAAACAGUGUUGUUGCUGAAAAAAAGGAAAUUAGAAAAGGUAGUAGUGCGAGUGACUCUUCUAAAUAUGAAGAUAAAAAACGGAGAAAUGAAAGUGUAACUACUGUGAACAAAAAACUGAAAACUGACCAUAAAGUGGAUGGGAAAAACCAAAACGAAAGCCAGAAAAGAAAUGCUGUGGUUAAGGUUUCAAAUAUUGCUCAUAGCAGAGGCAGAGUCGUAAAAGUUUCUGCUCAGGCAAAUACGUCAAAAGCUCAGUUAAGUACUAAAAAAGUACUCCAGAGUAAGAACAUGGAUCAUGCAAAAGCUCGGGAAGUGUUAAAAAUUGCCAAAGAAAAGGCACAAAAAAAGCAAAGUGAAACCUCUACUUCCAAAAAUGCACAUUCAAAAGUCCAUUUCACACGUCGAUAUCAGAAUCCUAGCUCAGGUUCCCUUCCACCCCGGGUUCGUUUAAAACCACAGAGGUACAGAAAUGAAGAAAAUGACUCUUCUCUGAAGACAGGACUUGAGAAAAUGCGGAGUGGCAAGAUGGCACCCAAGCCCCAGUCUCGUUGCACCUCUACCCGCUCAGCAGGUGAGGCCCCUUCAGAAAAUCAGAGUCCCUCAAAAGGCCCUGAAGAGGCCAGCAGUGAGGUUCAGGACACAAAUGAAGUGCAUGUGCCUGGUGAGCAGGAUGAACCACAGACAUUGGGCAAAAAGGGCAGCAAAAGCAAUAUCUCUGUUUACAUGACCCUAAAUCAAAAGAAAUCUGACUCUUCCAGUGCUUCAGUGUGUAGCAUUGAUAGCACAGAUGAUUUGAAAUCUUCCAACUCUGAGUGUAGUUCUUCUGAAAGCUUUGAUUAUCCUCCAGGCAGUAUGCAUGCACCUUCCACCUCCUCCACUUCCUCCUCUUCAAAGGAAGAGAAAAAGCUCAGUAAUUCCUUGAAAAUGAAAGUCUUUUCCAAAAACGUCUCUAAAUGCGUCACACCAGAUGGCAGGACCAUAUGCGUAGGGGACAUUGUUUGGGCCAAGAUAUAUGGCUUCCCUUGGUGGCCAGCCCGUAUUCUUACUAUAACUGUGAGCCGGAAAGAUAAUGGCCUUUUAGUCCGACAGGAGGCCUGUAUCUCAUGGUUUGGGUCUCCAACAACAUCUUUCCUUGCUCUUUCGCAACUCUCUCCCUUUUUAGAAAACUUCCAGUCACGCUUUAAUAAGAAGAGAAAGGGCCUGUAUCGCAAGGCUAUCACAGAGGCAGCUAAGGCUGCCAAGCAGCUGACCCCUGAAGUGCGGGCUUUGUUGACACAGUUUGAAACGUGAACAUGGACAGUAAGCACAAAGACAUUAGCAGGCUGCUGGUUUCAUGGACCUGUACCACAUGACACAGAGAACACCAGAGCAUCAGGACUGAAUGACAUUGGAGAUUUUUAAAGCUGCACUAAGAAGUAAAUGUUAAGGCAGUGGUUCAAACCAACAGUCUAUACUGGGGCACUUGCACAUUGUGCUAUAAUAAACCGAAGAAAAGGUAUUAGGGAGUAUUUUAUAAAAAAUAAACUAUUGCAAUAAAUUAUGCAUGAGAUGAGGAGAAAAGUGAUGUGAAAUACACAAACAAGAACUCACUUGAAUUUUUUGUAUGAAGAAUCACUGACGGUAACUUCUUUUGAAUGUGAAGUUCUUAUCAGUACAGUUUGGACAUGCCUAAAAGGUAUGGGAUGAUGCUGAAAUGUUGAAUUAUUUUUCAUACUUAAACUUUGUGCUUUUCUCCAAGGUUUAUGUUAAUCAGUUCAGAUAUGAGGAAAGGUGUUUCUAAAAAGACUCUCUGUGAAACAGCAAUAGUCAUGUAUGCCAAGGCCAAUGGUGUGUCCAGGGUCCUGGUAGAAACAACAGAAAAGAGUAUGUAACAUCCUGCUGAAAGGAUGGCAGGUGCCCCACCCCACGCCCCCUAAAAUUUGGAUCUUCUUUAAUAAAGCAGGGCUGUAUUAUCUUGAAUAUAUGUUUGCUUGUUAGAACAUAUUAAGAUGUAUUUAUUUGCCACUAGUAUUUAACAUUUUGUGCACAUUUUCAUAACUGCAUUCUUUCAAAUUUUGACUCAAAGCGGAUAGGCUAGUGUUGAUCUUGGAGUGAAAACAUACACUCCAAGAGCUAGUUAUUAAUUCUACUGAGCUGGAAAGGCUUUUAUUAUUGUCUCUAUCCUUACUGAUUUUAUCUAGUUCAGAAAAGGUGACAAUAUCUAAAUUUUGAUGUAGACAUUUUUCCACAAAGAGCCCCUCCCCUUCUGUCUAAGUGCAAGAAAUUCUCACAGGUGUCAAGUAGGACUUGGCCCUGGGGGACAAGUGGCAGGAACAGAUCCAUAAAGACAGCAUCAGACUUUUCAUGCAUGGAGCAUGAAUUCUUAUUAAUAGAGAUUGUAAUUUUUUUUUCUUGUCUUUGGUAAAUACAUAUGAAAAACCUUAAUUUUUCUUUUUUAAUGAAUGGAGAAAACAUGAGAAAACCAGAUGGACCUGUUAGUACUACAUUUUUUAAGGCAUUUUAUAUUUGAUGGUGCCGUACUUUUAAUAAUAAUAAAACUGAAGUUUUUUAGUGGCAAUACUGAUUUAUUUUUUAAACUAGAAAGAUAAUCCGUAUUGAUUACUUAUUACAAAAAAAAGGAAAAAAAUGCCAAAAAAUAAAAAACCAUAAAAUCCAUUUGAAGCAGCAUAACAGAUAACUGAGUACUUGGCUGAAGUAUUCAAACUUUCCAUAAUGUUACUGUAUAGGCUUGGAAUUUGCUAAUAACCCCAUGCUCAGGAUUAACAAAAGGUUCUGGGUGAGAGUUUUAGAAUAUUAAUAUUUAGUAUACCUGACUGAUUUGUUUUACAACUCAAAAAGAAAAGGCAGACAGUCUUGCAUCUAAUGAGCUUAAUGCAAAUUCUAAUUACACUACAAGUAAUUAAAAGUUUUGGUUGCAUUGUGAAAUUGUCCUUUUGGAAAGUUCCAUAUUGUGAAUUCAUUAUAUAUUUUAUCAAAUCAGAAAAAGUCAGCUCAGGAACUGAAGCAGCAGGGAGUUCUAAAGAUGACAUGUAGUACAAAGGGCGCCCUACUCUAUAAGGCCCUUGAGCUUUGGCUUGGGUCUGUCUUGUUCUUUCAGAUACAUAAACACCAGCAGUACCUUUCAGGCUCACUUCAAGAACUAGAUAAUGCCCAAGCCAUGGUGGAAUUACACAUGGAUUGUAUAAUCAAGAUUUUUAAUUGAGCUUUAGAAUUCUUUAUUUGUGUAGAGUGAUGGAAAUGACCAAGAAGUAAUAAUAUAAAGCAAAUGAAUUUGGAGAGAUCAGGUUUUAAGUAUCUAAAUUUUUUUUUUCUCAUGACAAAUUCUCACAGGUGUUUUGUUACAAACCAGAUUUUCAUUUUUUAAAAAAUGAAACUUGGUGGUAUGUAAAAGCUAGACCUACCAUGUUGCUAUUUCACUUUCAUUGCUUUAGUUGCUUAAUAUUUAAGCUUUGCUUCAUGCUACCUUUUGUCUGUAUUUCAAAUCUUCAUAAGCCUAUUUUGUUUUGUAGACUUGAAUGAUAAAAAUUGUUUCUCCUCUUAAGUAUGCUCAGAGUUUUAAAUGUUAAAGAAUGUUGUGUAACAUUUAUCCAAUAAAGUCUUUGAUUUUUUUAAAAUUUA